AAAAAAAGCCUCAACCUCCCCUGGGCUUUGUGUGAGGGUUAUCAACAGCUCAAGUCAGCUCAUCUCUCUCUGCCUACUCUGGCCCUUUGGAGAGGGUCUGUUUUCCUGCCCUUCUCUGAGUUUCCACCAAUUGGCAGGAAAGAACCAAUCUGUACCAGAGGUGUGAGCUGUGAGGAGUGAGGUCCCACCUCCACUGGAGAUCCUAAGGCAGAAUGCCCCCCAAGAAGCCUGAGCCUAAGAAGGAAGUGGCCAAGCCAGCUGCAGCCCCUGCUCCAGCUACUGCCCCAGCUCCUGAGCCCCUCAAGGACUCUGCCUUUGACCCAAAGAGUGUGAAGAUAGACUUCAGCGCUGACCAGAUCGAAGAAUUCAAAGAGGCCUUUUCAUUGUUUGACCGGACUCCAACGGGAGAGAUGAAGAUCACCUACGGGCAGUGUGGGGACGUGCUGCGGGCCCUGGGCCAGAACCCCACCAAUGCAGAGGUGCUGCGCGUUUUGGGCAAACCCAAGCCUGAAGAGAUGAAUUCCAAGACACUGGACUUCGAGACGUUCCUGCCCAUCCUGCAGCACAUCUCCCGAAACAAGGAGCAGGGCACCUAUGAGGACUUCGUGGAGGGGCUGCGGGUCUUUGACAAAGAAAGUAACGGCACAGUCAUGGGUGCUGAGCUUCGGCAUGUCCUUGCCACCCUGGGAGAGAAGAUGAGCGAGGCAGAGGUGGAACAGCUGUUAUCUGGGCAGGAGGAUGCCAAUGGCUGCAUCAACUAUGAAGCCUUUGUCAAGCACAUCAUGUCGGGGUGAAACACGUUUCUUCAGGGUACUUGGCCCUUCGAGAGUAAGAGAAAUCCUUGGUGGCUUUUAAGAGUACUGAACUCAGCACUGGCCUCUCACACCCACAACCUUCCCUGGAAAUAAAGAGCCCCAGAAUGGAGUCUCAU